AUGCCGCGCAGCACAGACGCCUGCGCUCGCCUUCUCCAUUCUUAAUCCCUCCUCUUCCGGUCAAAUCUUGGGGGUGGGGUGCGCCGGUAAAAUGGCAGCAUCCGAGACGAUGGUUCCUGAGAAACCUAGUCACAAAAAGUACAGGGCCGCCCUGAAGAAGGAGAAAAGGAAGAAGCGUCGACAGGAACUCGCUCGAUUGAGAGACUCAGGAGUCUCACAGAAGGAGGAGGAGGAGGAAGAGGAGGAAGCUUUCAUUGAAGAACAACAACUAGAAGAAGAGAAGCUGUUGGAAAAAGAGAGGCAAAAAUUACAUGAGGAAUGGUUGCUAAGGGAGCAGAAGGCACAAGAAGAAUUCAGAAUGAAGAAGGAAAAGGAAGAGGCAGCCAGAAAACGGCAGGAAGAACAAGAGAGAAAGUUAAAGGAAGAAUGGGAAGAACAGCAGAGAAAAGAGAGAGAAGAGGAGGAGCAGAAGCUACAGGAGAAGAGAGAAAGAGAGGAAGCUGUGCAGAAGAUGCUGGAUCAGGCUGAAAAUGAGCUGGAAAAUGGUACCACCUGGCAGAACCCAGAACCACCAGCAGAUUUAAGAAUAAUGGAGAAAGAUCGUGCCAAUUGUCCAUUCUACAGUAAAACGGGAGCUUGCAGAUUUGGAGAUAGGUGCUCACGUAAGCAUAACUUUCCUGCAUCAAGUCCCACCCUUCUUAUUAAAAGUAUGUUUACUACAUUUGGAAUGGAGCAGUGCAGGAGAGAUGACUAUGACCCUGACGCAAGCCUGGAAUAUAGCGAAGAGGAAACCUACCAACAGUUCCUAGACUUCUAUGAUGAUGUGCUGCCUGAGUUCAAGAAUGUGGGGAAAGUGAUUCAGUUCAAGGUUAGCUGCAACUUAGAACCUCAUCUGAGGGGCAAUGUGUAUGUUCAGUACCAGUCGGAAGAAGAAUGCCAAGCAGCCCUUGCUCUGUUUAAUGGACGUUGGUAUGCAGGACGGCAGCUUCAGUGUGAAUUUUGCCCAGUGACCCGAUGGAAAAUGGCAAUUUGUGGUUUGUUUGAAAUACAACAAUGUCCAAGAGGAAAACACUGCAACUUUCUUCAUGUAUUCAGAAAUCCCAACAAUGAAUUUUGGGAAGCUAAUAGAGACAUCUACCUGUCUCCGGAUCGGACUGGCUCCUCCUUUGGUAAGAACUCAGAGAGGAGGGAGAGGAUGGGCCACCACGAAGAAUACUAUGGCAGGAGGAGGAGAAGAAGCCCUAGUGCUGACCACAAGUACAAGAGAAAUGGGGAGUCUGAGAGGAAGAGGAGAAGUGCACACAGGGCGAAGAAAUCUCACAAACACAUGACAAAGAGUCGUGAGAGGCACAAUUCUCGAAGCAGAGGAAGAAAAAGAGACCGAAGCAGGGGCAGGGGCAGCCAGAGCCGGAGCCAUAGAAGCCGAAGGAGCCACAGGAGCCAGAGCCGGAGUCGGAGCCGCAGGAGCCGGAGCAGGAGCAGGAGCAGGAGCCGGAGCCGGAGCCGAAGUCGGAGCAGGAGCAGGAGCAGAAGGAGCAGGAGCAGAAAAAGCAGGAGCCGGAGCCGGAGCCGGAGCCGGAGCCAGAGCCAGAGCAGGAGCGGGAGUAAGAGCCGGAGCCGGAGCCGGAGUAAGAGCCAGAGCCAGAGCCAGAGCCAGAGCCAGAGCCAGAGCCAGAGCUCAUCUAGAUCCAGGAGUUGUGGUGGGAGGAGGUCAGGUAGUAGAGACAGAACGAUUCAGAGUCCCAAAUCCAAAUAAACCUAUUUUAUUCUUCAA